AGUAUAGAGAGAAGGUGUAGUGUACAUACAUAAGUGACAGUUUAUUGACGGCAAGUUAUUUUACGUGGCAUGGUUUAUUAUGAGUUUUUAUUUUAUAUUUGUUAUUGUUUACCUUGAAAAUGUCUGCGGUGUGGAAUUUUUUCGCAAAAAAAGGAAACAAUCAACUUGUUUCUUGUAAUUUAUGCGGUAAAGAAUAUAAAACGUGUGAAAAUACUACAAAUUUAGCCACUCAUCUAAAAAAAAGCAUUAUAAUGCUUAUAUGCAAAUGUUGAAGCAUCCGACCCUUUCAAAAACGAAAAAAUCUGGAACAAGAACUGAAGUUGCUGCAUCAAUAGACAAAGAUGAUUCUGAUGACAUAUGUCUUAUAAACCCUAUAGAGUUGUUGAUUUUUAAACUGUCGUAAUCGCACCUUGAACAUAUCGAUACGAUAUUGAUAUAUUUUUUACAUUUGCCUAUCACUACGACAGUAUACUAUUUUCUCUCUCGUUCCAGAUACCUCGUUGCGCAUUCUUGAGAAUGUGCAAAGCCGAGCUGGAACCUCGAAGGAUAGAGAAAGCGUUAUCAUUGUCUUCCUUAGUAAGAACAGCUUCCACUUAUAGAAACUGUCCAUACAGCAGCAUUAUAUAUAUGCUCACAACUAUUCAUAAUGAAUAAAUCGCCUGAUAUGACCAUUAUAAUUCAAUUAAUAUUUUAAUUUAUUUAUCAAAAAAACAUAAAUAUCCUGGCUUAGUAUUCGGUAACUAUAAUAGCUAAUAUUUAUUUGGAAGAAAACACAAUUCAGUUGAAAAUUAUAUUUUUGAUAUGCAAUUGAGCAUGUUACAUAUAAAAUAUUUCACAUAAUAGACUACAAUAACUAUUAGUCAUGAAAAUAAGUUAUGGCCAUUGUGUUCUCAUAAAAUGCAGUUUUUCCAAAAAAUCUUAUUUUCCUUGAAACCAAAAAACUCCUAUAAAUAUUUUCAUAAAUGUCAACAGUUACUUCUAGAAUCUCAAUAACUCGAUAAUUAGUAAUGUACAUCUAAAUAUAGGUAUAUCCUUACUCCAACAACUAAUUUAAUAAACACAAACUGUGGUCAGAAAUAAGUGAAUCAAUAUUUGAAAAAUGCUCUGAAAGUUUGUUCAGCAACCAAAUGAACAUUAAUACUUUCACUAAAAUGCUAUAAGAUCGUGAUUCAAAAGACAUUUAGGAAAGAGUAUAAAUAGGAUUGCCACCCGUAUUUUAUAAUAAAGCAUUGUACGUUAUAUCACUUUAUUGUUCUCAUAAGAGAACAAAUAAAUAUGCAAUAAUACUUUAUUGCAUAUUAUUAUUAAACCAACUUUAUAAUCUGGUAUGUACAUACCAGUCAAAAUUUUUUGCCCAUCACAUAAUCCAUUCAUUAAAUUUCAAAAUAAUACAUUUUCAACAAAUUUCUCUUUCAUAUUUUCAAGCGAAAGUCGAAAUGGCGUGUCUUACAAACCAGAAAUAACAGUGGCCCUUAUUUGUUUACUUUAUACGAGCGCAUAUUUAUAUUUUGUCGUUGAGUGUGACAAGUUAAAACUUGCAAGUACCGGUUGGUUUGUUUAUGAUUUUAGUUUAGUCCCAGUUAGCUCUGAGACGCAAGAAUGUGCUGUGAUUUAUAUUUUUCGGACAGACAUCUUUUUUUGAAAUUACUUGAGUUACUUUCUUUAUCGCAAAUUCAGAUUUGUAUAUUUAAAAAUGAGUAACAGACAACCAGAUUAAGUUAUAUAUGUUCUUUGAAAUAUAAUACGGUGCAGACUCUAUAAUCCGAACUCUUCAGUAGUCGAGCAAGCAUUUUCAAUACAUUAGAUACUCUCUAAUCCGAAUUUCAUAGUACUCGAUAAUCCGAACCUGCACUUUUAGGCCUAUUUCCUAUGAAAAUUAUGACUAGAUGUUCAGGGAUUCCCCCAAUUUCCCUUUUGUUUAUAUCUGAGACUCACAUUAAACAGGUGUGCAGCAUUCUCACUGCUUUUGUACGCUUUUAAGCGUGAUAUUUACAUACUUUCCUGGGAUGUUUCUAAUAUCAUUUUAGGUGAUAUAACUGGGGUUUUAUUUUAAUAUUUGCUUAAAUAAAAAUGCCCCCUAAAAGAAAACACAAGAUAUUGUCCAUAAAACAGAAAAGUGAAAUUAUUGAAAGACUUAACAAGGGAGAAAGUGGAAAAGUAUUGGCCGCUGAGUAUGGGGUUGGGAGAUCUACAAUCUGUACAUAGAACAGAAAAAGUCUGAAAUCGACAGCAUGGUAAACACAUCAACAAUUUGAAAUUUUAUCUGCUAAAGCAAGACAGUUUUAUACCGAAACAUAUGGAAAUGAUCAUUUUAGAGUUAGCAGGGGCUGGAUUUGUAACGUUUAAAAAAGGCAUAGUCUGCGUGCUGUAAAAGUGUGCGGGGAAAAACUAUUCAACGAUCAAAGUGUCGUCAAUCCUUUUUUGACUACAUUUAAAGAGAUUUAAAAAUAUACAACGCAGGCGAAUCGGAAAAUGUUUCCGGAAAAAACGCUAGUUCGUUCACAAGAGAAGAUCGCAACAGGUCGAUAAAUAAGCAAAGAACGAGUAACAUUUUUAGCUUGUUGCAAUGCAGAUGGGUCACAACUAAAGAUGCUAGUGAUGGGGAAGACAAAAAAUCCACAAGCAUUUAAAAACGCAGACAUUUCUGUUGAAUACAAAUCCUCUGCUAAUUCCUUCCACCAAAUUGUACAGCACUCUUGCAGCCGAUGGAUCAAAAUGCUAUCAGACUAAUAAAAUUAUUUUACCGAAAAAGCCUUUUAGCACACAUUUUAUUAAGUAACGAACACAGCGUUGUUAAAAACUGUUUACCUAAAAGAUGCAGUAUGUCUGCUAUGCAAUGCUUGGGAGAAGGUUUCUUCUGAAGUCUUGCAGAAGUGCUGGGACAACAUUAUGUCCGAUAACGAUAAAGACAUUCAAUAUGAUCUACUUUCUUUGGAUGGAGAUAUAGAAGAUAUUGCUGGAAUGCUUAAUGUUUUGGCAGAACCAAAUCUAACAAACGUAGAAGUACGUAAUUGGGUUGAAAAUGAUGAAGAUCUGUUACCGCUGGAAGAAGCAGAUGGAGAUGAACCUGAAGUUAACGAGCAUGACGGCUCGGAAUUAGAUAAUCAAAACAAAACUGUUAAAAACGCUGUAGCAGCUAAAAGUUUAAACCUGUGUUUAAAAUGGGCCGAAGAAAAUGAUAUUCCAUUAAAUGAUAUACUUGUACUUCAAAGAUUAAAAUGAAUAAUCAAAGAUCUGUAAAGUAAGCGAAAAUUACAAAUUACUUUAGAAAUUAAUACUUACCAUAUUCUUACUUUUUAUACAUAUAUUUUUUAGUGUUACUUAUUCGUAAUUACUGUUUUUUUGCGUUUCAUAAUAAAGAUUUUGAAAAAAAAACAACUGCUUGGGUAAUCCGAACCACCUUGGUUUUUAUUAGUUGGGAUUAUAGAGUCUAUACAGUAUCAAAGAAUGAAUUACUUUUUACUUGUAAAUUAUAGAGACGAUGUACGAUUGUUCAUUAGCGACAAAAAUAUGUUUUCAAACAUAAUAAAUACAAAUAAAUUGUAAUUUAUCUU